CCUACCGGUUCUAUAAAACUAACCACGAGUUGGCGUCGAAUGGGAGAAUCCAUCUUGAAGAGAGCUCUCCGUCUCCGUGUGACCAGUAAGCGGCAUUUCAAGCAUCCAUCACGCUUGUUUUCAUAAUUGUAUUAUUCUGUUAAAGGAAUCGUAGUAGUCCAACCAUGUCGGACACUGAGCAACAGUUCAUGGAGACAUCGGAGAACGGUCACGAAGGGGAGCAGGAGGAGGAAUAUAACGGCGGGGCCGCGCACACCGAGGAGGGGAACGGAGGCGAAGCGGUGGAAGAGUGCGAGGAGGGCGCCGGGCCCGAAGCCUGCGGCGCGGAGGAAGCGACGGACGGCGACUCUCAGAACGGAGCGUCGGAAGGCGGCCAGAUCAACGCCAGCAAGGGCGAGGAGGAUGCAGGGAAAAUGUUCGUCGGGGGUCUCAGUUGGGACACUAGUAAGAAGGAUCUCAAAGAUUACUUCUCUAAAUUUGGCGAGGUGACUGACUGCACCAUUAAGAUGGACCAGCAGACCGGGCGAUCAAGAGGCUUUGGCUUCAUCCUCUUCAAAGAAGCAGCCAGUGUAGAAAGGGUCUUGGAACAGAAGGAACACCGACUAGACGGCCGACAGAUUGACCCCAAGAAGGCCAUGGCGAUGAAGAAGGAGCCGGUGAAGAAGAUCUUCGUAGGCGGCCUCAACCCAGACACGGAGAAAGACGUCAUCCAGGAAUACUUUGGAACCUUUGGAGAGAUUGAGACAAUCGAGCUUCCGCAGGACCCAAAGACGGACAAGAGGAGGGGAUUUGUAUUCAUCACGUACAAGGACGAGACCCCGGUUAAGAAGGUUUUGGAAAAGAAAUUUCAUAACGUCAGCGGCAGCAAGUGUGAGAUCAAAAUAGCUCAGCCCAAAGAGGUGUACCAGCAGCAGCAGUACGGAGGGCGCGGCGGGGGCAGUGGAUAUGGUGGGGGUCGCGGCAGGGGUCGCGGAGGCCAGGGGGGGCAGAACUGGAACCAGGGCUACAACAACUACUGGAACCAGGGCUACAACCAAGGCUACGGAGGCUACGGACAGCAGGGCUACGGAGGCUACGGCGCCUACGGGAACUAUGACUACUCGUAUUACGGCUAUGGGGGUGGCUAUGACUACAACCAGGGCAAUACAAGCUAUGGGAAAACUCCAAGACGUGGAGGCCACCAGAGUAGCUUCAAGCCAUACUGAUCACAUGUAGUGCAGGUAUGCAUUUUUUGCAUCAUCUACGGUCUAAAGUAAGUAAGACAAGGAACCCAUGGUCUGACCACAGCGAACAUGGGCUCUGGCUUUUCCUUUGGAGUUGGCUGAAAUUUGGACUCAUGCUCCAUUUGUACAGAUCAAGUGAGGAACUGGGGAAGCAAAUGUCACUUUUCCACUUUUUAUUUUAUAUUGUUUUGUGUCCAUUUACAUUUCCAGCGAUGGAAGUGUUAUUUUUACUGUACUUUUUGGUACCUUUUUGAAUCUAAUGUAUUGUAUGGUUGUAUUUUACUUGUCUACUGGAUUUACCAACACGCAGGAGCUGGGGCUUUUAAAGCUCAUGAAAUAAAACAAUUUUGCUUAUUUUCCUUUUUGGUGUUUCUAGAUGUUUAGUUACUUUUUAUUUUUCCCUCCCGUGCUGGAUGAGAGUUGCAUGGCUUGGGAUGUGGGGUGACGCAGGAUAAGGGAUUAAAAUAAUCAAACGAUAUCAUUGUAAGCGUGUUAAGUGAAUGUUUGCAGUUGGCAAAGUAGACGAAAACAACCAGCAUUUCUAAUUUCGUUUUUCUUUUUGGCUUUUAAGGAAAUUCUUCCCCCUUUUCAUGUUUGCAAUUUUAAGUGGCUUUACUAGUUCAAUGAUAUACCCCGAAGCGCAAGCUUGUUAAUGUAAGAGGGCACUCCCUCUCUCACUGGAAACUCAUUCCUCUAGUGUCUUGGGCAAAUUGGUAGAAAUAAAUUUUGUUUAUAUUACA